UUUAUAACUCAAGUGAGAUUUUUAAGAAAAUAUAAAUAUUGAAAUAUUUGUAAAAUGUCUAUGAGAAUAAUACAAAAUUUCACUAGCCUUGAGAAAGAAUUGGAAACAGCAAAAACCAAUUUAAAAGAUUUAAAUGAGAACAUUAAAAGGAUUUACGGAAAGCAGGAUAAUUUCAGUGACAAGAAACGCACAACUGGCUCAUUUGAUGCCGGAAAGAAUCGUAAUGACCUGAAAGUUCAGCGUAAUUUUGAACCACCAUUUGCGAAGAGACGUUCAGAUACAUUCAGUAGAUUGGGUGUAAAAGAAGACGAUGAUGAUGACUUUCCUAAGCCGAAAAUUUCAUCGAGAGUUAUUAGCAAAGAACAUCCACCAGUGACACGAGAGAAUGCUCUAGCUAUGCAGUCGAAAAACACUGAUUUGGCUCGAAAUAAGAGAAUGUUCGGAAGUCUCCUGGGAACCCUUCAGAAAUUUCGAAGUGAAGAAGAUCGGGGAGUUCUUGAGAAAAGAGCAAAAAUUGAGAUGAAGAUAGAGCAACAACAGAUGAUGGUCAAGGAGCAGAUUAAACAUGAAAAAGAUACGCUUAUUGCAGAUCGUAGACGAAAACAGUUAGAAAUCAAAUCUUUAGAGUUGAAAAUGAUAAAAUUGCGCAAUUUAAAGACUUGGGAAGAGCACAAACAGUCACUGUUUAAGUUCAUUGGAACGAAGUCAAAACCACAAAUCUUUUACCUUCCAAAAGUUUUCACACCAAAAACCGAUGAGUUAUUAAAGCAAACACAAGAAGAGUUACAGAAGACAAUUGAUCAACGAAGACGAGACGUUGAAAAAGAAAUUCAAGACAUCGAGGAGCGACUCGAAAAUGAUCUUCAAGCAUUAAAAGAUGGAAAACUAAAAAAAUCACAUGACGCUGAAUCAGAAACAUCCGAGACAAACGACACAAAUAAUUUUUCCGAUAAUGAGAAUAACGAUGCCAUGAAAGAUGUUGUAAAGAAAGACGAAGAUAACAGCAUUGGUGAUGGUGAUCGUAAGCGCAAACGAAGCAUUUCACCAGAAAAAACAUUGAGAUCUCAAGUCGUCGUGAAGAAAAGAAAUCACUGAUCCAAUUUAAUUCAAUCCAAAAAUAAAUGAGAAGAGUGAAUGAAAAAUAAAUUUCAUAAAUAGCUUGUAAUCGAUUUCUCCUUAUCUUUGAUCCAAUUUGUUGCAACCUGCAACUAUCAAAAGAAAAAAGAAUGAAUGAAUGAAUGAAUGAAACUGUUGAUAAUAAUUCAAUAAUUUCAAUUUUCAAUUGUAAACUUUUAAUAUCCAUCUCUCAUUCUUUUGUGCUUUUUUAAUAAUAAAAGAUGAAAAAUUAAUUCGUUUUAUAGACGAUGCAUUGGAUAAAUA